GCCACGAUAUCUGUAAAAUCCAAGCGACCCUUAAAUGCACCAUUCGAGCCCGUUUCCUGUUUCAAGCUGACUUGUUUAUGUCGCGUGAGGAAGACAACGAAGAUAAAAUAUUUUAUAUAUAAUUCCUGAGUUUGAUCACGCCACAACAAAAAUGAUAGUUUUGUGGUCUGGUGUCUUUUUUGGGACACUCGUGGCUACGAAUACCGAGACACACUCCCUGACAUACAUCUACACAGCCUUCUCCCAUCCUGUGAAGCUCCCAGGCAUCCAUGAAUUCACUGCUAUGGGUCUGCUGGACAACAGAAUGAUCGAUUACUAUGACAGCUCCGAACAAAAGAAAAUUCCCAAACAAAAGUGGAUGGAGGAGCGACUCCAGCAGGAAUACUGGGAUAAAGGAACUCAGUCCCGGCAGAGCAAGCAGCAGUGGUUCAAGGUUAACAUCGACAUCCUGAUCAACCGAAUGAGACAAACUACUAAUGAAACUCAUGUUCUUCAGUGGAUGCAUGGAUGUGAAAGUGAAGAAGAUGAAAACGGUAACCUUAAGUUUAAGCGUGGCGUGGACAUGUACAACUAUGACGGAGAUGACUUCUUAAGUUUUGAUGAUGAGCAUCAAGUUUGGGUGGCUGCAGUGGAUGCAGCAGUCACCACCAAGAGGAAGUGGGAUGAAGUCACAGCUCUGAAAGACUACACCAAGGGUUACCUGGAGAAGGAGUGCAUGGAUUGGAUGAGCACCUUCCUCACUUAUUCAAAACAGCAGCAGAGAAAUGCCACUCCUCCUGAAGUUCACGUGUUCACAACAAAAGCCAAACAGUCCUCAAUCGUCGUGCUGACGUGCCUCGCCACAGGCUUUUACCCAAAAGACAUCAACCUCAUUAUUAAAAGAAAUGGACGCAUCCUCAAUAAAGAGGAUGGAGUGAUGAGCUCUGGAGUUCGUCCGAAUCACGAUGACACCUUCCAAAGGAGAGAUUAUGUGGAGAUUUUGAGGAGUGACACCGCUGAAUACACCUGUGAAGUCAUUCAUGAAGCUUCUGACAUGCGUGUGAAGAAAACAUGGGAUCGUCGCCUUCCUCCUCUUGAUGGAUCUCACUUUGCAGUUCAUGUUAGCCUUGCCGCUGUCUCCAGUCUUCUUCUUCUCUCUGUCUUGGCUUUGGUGUUUUUUAUUUGGCAUGUAAGAAAGGGAAACCGCAGAAAGGGGUUUCCUAAAUAUCAUGUACCCAAGAAUCAAGUCAAAGACACAGAACUCCCUUUCACCAUCAAAGUCAAAGGUUCGUCUGUUGGCAGCAACGACUCUGCUAUCAGUGGCUGUGACUGAAAAAUCAAGCUUGUCUUCUUAGAACAGGGGUGGGGAACGGGCCUGAUGGUCCAGAGAACCUGCAUGUGUUCUUUAGUUUCUGUCAUAGAACGUCCCGUUAAAAGAAUCCUGUGGAAGAAACAGAAUCUCUUGAAUCACCUUCAGUGUUUUAACGGCUUUAUCAUUUGGACAGCCUUUUUUUUCAUUAAUUUAAAUUAUUAAUUUUUUUUAUUGUUGGUUAAGAAAAAAGUCUGUAUGUAUUUAUUGAAGAUAAUAUCUGUAGUUACAUACAGAAAAAAAUACAACAAAUGAUCCUUAUACCUAAUUAAAAAUGAAGGUGAAAUUAGAAUGAAGAAUAAAAACUAAUGACUAAAUAGCAUUGAUUUACAGUGGAAUUUUGAGAAAUGUUUACACAAUAACUUCCUUUAUGUAUGAAUUUGCAAAAUAUUUGCUUGACUGAAUUUUGAGGGGGAGUCUGUGUUAUUUGAAAAAAAACCUCUGACACAUUUCUGCUUUUUUGUGUGUUUUUGCACUUUAUUUUAGUAAAAUUUACAGUUUUUCUGUAGUUAAAAAAUCCUGUUUGAAUGUUAUUUGUAAAAUGAAGGUCAAUUAGUUUACUGCAUAGAUUUUAUGCACUUCGAAAUGCACCAAAGAGGUCAAUGAAGUUACAAUGAAGUUACUAAACAAAUCUGAUGUUGUAUGGUUACAGUUGAGUGAAUUGUUUGUGUGUGAUGGAUCUUCAUCAUAAUUUAGUUUAGUUUUGUUUCAUUUUUUUCUGUUUUUCUCUUCCAUUGUCUUUUUUUUCCUGAAUAGUGUUCAUAAUUUCAUUAUGUAGCUUCUAAGAUACUUUUUUGUGUUGUUCAAUAACUGCAGCUCUUUUCCGUUUUCUAAACCACAAAUAUCAUGAAACCAUUGUAGUAUUAAACCUUACAUAGAUGUGUCUGAAAUCUAUUUAGAAAUUAAUCUCUUAUUAUUAUCUUAAGAUUAGAUUAAUGUCACCAAUAUAUAUGUCACCAAUAUAUAUAUAUAUAUAUCUAUUUCAGUUUUAAUUUUUUUUUGUUGCAAAAAUAAAAUUAAAAUUAACUCUGUAGGUUUUUUUUAUCAAUUCAUUAAAAGAUAACUUAAUACAUCAUUCACACUUGGUAGUACAACCAUUUUUGACUUGAGGUCAAAUAACUUAUUUUCUAUGAAGUUACGUUUAUUUACUAAAUUUAAUUUUGAAAAACUUAGGUUCCUAAAUUGUCUUUUAUGUAAAUCAUAAAAAAGUGCUACAUAAAUGAUCUCAAAUUCCGACUGCAGUUUCACUGUUUUAUAUAUACUUAUUUUUAAAUUCAUUUAAUAAAAAUUGUAUGUACCCUAUCACGUUUCCACCAAAUUGUAUUUUUUUAAAUAAAAAUAUGUUUUUAAAAUGAA